CUUGGCCAUGUUGAAAAUCUUCAAAUUUCUUCACGUGAAAUUUGUAUGAAGCAAAACAAUGGGUGUUCCAGCCUUUUUCAGAUGGUUAAGUCGCAAAUAUGCAUCGAUUGUUGUGCAUUGUGUUGAAGAAAAGCCCAAAGAGGUAGAUGGUGUAAAGAUACCUGUUGACAGCAGCAAACCCAAUCCAAAUGACACAGAGUUUGACAACUUGUACCUGGACAUGAAUGGAAUCAUCCAUCCUUGCUGCCAUCCUGAAGACAAACCUGCUCCCAAGAACGAGGAUGAGAUGAUGGUUCUGAUAUUUGAAUACAUUGACAGAAUCUAUUCCAUUGUGCGACCUAGGAAAGUUCUGUAUAUGGCCAUUGAUGGAGUGGCUCCUAGAGCGAAGAUGAAUCAGCAGCGUUCCAGAAGAUUCCGAGCAUCCAAGGAGACACAAGAGAAAGGCGAAGAAAUGACAAAGCUAAGGGAAGAGCUUCUUGUGAAAGGAAUGGAGUUGCCACCAGAGAAACCAGCUUCAGAAAAGUUUGACAGUAACUGCAUCACACCGGGAACCCCAUUCAUGUUCCGUCUGGCUGACUGUCUGAGGUUUUACAUUCACGACCGGCUGAAUAACGAUCCGGGGUGGGCUGGUAUCAAGGUGAUCCUGUCUGAUGCCAACGUGCCAGGAGAGGGUGAACACAAAAUCAUGGACUACAUUAGAAAACAGAGAGGUCAGCCUGAUCAUGACCCAAACACUCAUCACUGUUUAUGUGGAGCAGAUGCUGACUUGAUUAUGUUAGGACUGGCAACACAUGAGCCAUAUUUCACAAUCAUCCGUGAAGAAUUCAAGCCAAACCAGCCACGACCAUGUGAACUCUGUGGACAGUUAGGUCAUGAAAUGAAAGACUGUUGUGGUAUACCCAAGGAAAAAUGUGGCCAAUUUGAUGAACUUAAUAAACCAAUUGGAUGUGAGACUGAAUUCAUUUUCAUCAGACUGAACAUAUUGCGAGAAUAUUUAGAGAAGGAACUUGUAAUGGAGGGACUACCAUUUCGCUAUGAUUUUGAGAGGGCUCUAGAUGACUGGGUGUUCAUGUGCUUCUUUGUGGGCAAUGACUUCCUUCCUCAUUUGCCAUCUUUGGAGAUCAGAGAAGGAGCAAUCGACAGGCUGGUGAAACUGUACAAAAAUGUUGUGUACAAAACUGGGGGCUACAUCAGUGACAGUGGAGUUGUCAAUCUUGAAAGAGUACAGCUUGUGUUGAAAGACUUGGGUGAAGUUGAAGAUGAAAUUUUCAAGAAAAGAAGAGACACUGAUCUUGACUUCAAGAGGCGAGAUAAAGAGAAGAAGAAACGUCUCAAAAGGGAAAAGAUGGGAAGCAGACCCCAUUUCAUGGCAGGUGGACAGUUUGCCCCACAGCCAAUAGGGCGCAACACUGGACCCGUUCACAACCCGCGUGAAGCGGCGUACAACAUGAGAAUGCAGAGUAACGCUGCAGCGGCUGACUCUCUACGAGCGAUGAUUUCAAACGGCAGUGAUCCACAGGGCACUAAACGUAAGGCAGAUGGACAAGGUCCUGAUGUGGACUCUGAUGAGGAGCCCGAACCUGCAGAUGAUGUCAGACUUUGGGAAGAUGGUUGGAAGGACCGGUACUACAAAUCAAAGUUUGAUGUUGGUGAGGAAGAUAUGGAUUUCAGACACACUGUUGCUAAUCACUAUGUGAGAGGAUUGUGUUGGGUUCUUAGGUACUACUACCAGGGCUGUGCCUCAUGGAAGUGGUACUUUCCAUAUCACUAUGCACCAUUUGCAUCAGAUUUUGUCAACAUAGGAGAACUCGACAAUGAUUUUGAAAGAAAUACAGAACCUUUCAAGCCACUAGAACAGUUGAUGGGCGUCUUCCCAGCAGCCAGUAAGAAACAUCUACCAAUCACUUGGCAGACACUUAUGGAUGACCCGGAAUCUCCCAUCAUCGAUUUCUACCCUACAGAUUUCAAAAUUGAUCUCAAUGGCAAGAAAUAUGCUUGGCAAGGUGUAGCAUUGCUUCCGUUUGUCGAUGAGAAGCGGUUAUGGGCAGCUCUGGAUGCUGUCUACGAAGAUCUCACUCCAGCUGAACGAAAAAGAAACAUCCGUGGAAAUGAUCGUUUGUUUGUGGGUUGCAAGCAUCCAGCAUAUGAUUUCUUGGAGGCUUUAUAUGAAGGAAAUGGUACUCAUGAGCCGGUGGACAUCGAUGCUAGCCUGACCCAGGGUGUGCGUGGUACAGUAUGGUGUGAUGAGUAUGCUGUCCUUCAUGGCGGCACAGUUCGAUCUCCUUUAACAGCAUUAGAAGACUUGAAGGAUAAUGGAACUAUUGGUGUCCUGUAUCAUGAUCCUAAGUAUGAUGUUGGUCAUCUCUUUAAAGCAAAGAUUUUGCCUGCUGCCACAAUGCCACCCAGAGUGCUAAAACCCGAGGAUUUUGAACAGAUGAGGAGGAGUGGCCAGGGUUACCGGGGCCGAGGAAGAGGAGGGAUGGGUUAUAGAGGGGGAGGGGGUGGUGGUGGUGGAGGUCGAGAUCACUACCGGCCUCAGCUGGGAUUCCAGCCUCACAGCGGCUACAGGGAAAAGGAUAUCUCGUCAGCUAUACGGAUGAUUAGACAUGGCGUUAACCAGCAAGAUGGCCAAGACUUUGUGAUGUCAUCACAGAGCAUGCAUCCAUCUCAGGGCUAUGGCAGAGAAUAUCAGGGCCGUAGUGGCGGUUAUGGACAGAGGUCAGACAGUUACGGUGGCGGAGGUGGUGGUGGUGGAAGAAGUGGUGGUUAUGGUAGAGGAGGUUAUGGCGGAGGCUAUGGAGGGGGAGGAGGUGGUGGUUAUGGUGGAGGUGGAAGAGGAGGAGGUGGUAGUUAUGGUGGUAGUGGUGGUGGCGGCUAUGGGGGAAGACAGUCAAAUCAAGACUACUCUAUGCAAGGGAACAUUUCAAAUUUGUUAAAGAAAUCUCAAGAAUUACUGAGUUCCCAAUUUGGCCAAUCUUCUUCAUACAGGGGAUACGGCCAAUCGGGGAGCAGCAGCAGCAGCAGCAGCAGCAGCUAUCAAUGCAGCCGAGACGACGGUGGCUACAGAGGAGGUGGGGGAAGUGGCGGGCAGGGGGGAGGUGGAGGACACGAGGCAGGAGCCUACAGUCAGAACGCGUAUACAAUGGGAAGUCAAGGAGGGACAUACAUGGGCUACGAAAGCUAUUCAUCCACAAACUACUCCAGUCAGAAUACAGCCGGAUCAUAUGCUCAGGGCACACAACAAGAACGGUUUCGUCCUUUACCUGGUCAAAGACCAGAUCAGAGUGGCCAGUGGAGAUAGAAGAAAGCAGCAUAGAUGUGUAUGUUGAUUAUGGAGAACGAGGUCGAAAGACAGACAUACAGUGCAGAAAUCAAACUGGGCUUUUUUCAUUGGUGAACUGAAGACCUAUAUACAGGGAAUGAAUAAACCUAUGAUGCUACAGUUUUGAAAACUAUUUGUUGACUUGUAUAGAGUGUGAAAUAGAAGUCGAGGCAUAUUGUAGGAUGAUUGUUGUCAAUUCUGUUACACAAAAGGUAAAAUGUACUGCAAAAAUUAAGCAAGGUGUGUCUUAUGUGGUUCAGUAGAGUGACGUACUUUGUUAUAUGAAUAUGCAAGUAGUGGCUUCAGCUGGUAGAUUUUAUUGAGAAAAGGACUUCAGUGUGAAUGAAUGGCUGAAACAUGUUCCUGAUGAAUCAACUUCACAAUGAACUGUAUGAUGAGGCCUUGUCAUGCCUGACUCGAUACCACUUGUACAUAAAGUGAAAGAUACAGUGGACACAUUUUUGUACCUUUAUUAUGUGAGCAUUCUUGGAGUAUUAUUGCUGGCAAGCCAGUAAAAGAAGUGAAUGUCCAAUUGAAAACUUGGACAUUAUUUUAAUAUUUUUGUUUUAGUUCAUUAUUGUGGAGUUUUUUUUUCUUUUUUUCUUUUUUUUUCGUGUUUUUUUUAAGUGUGUAAGAACUAUUUGUGAAUUUUAACAUUAGCAAGCAAAGAUUUGGUGCAUUAAAAAAGGGGAGUUAAUCCAACCUUAAUAUUAAUGGAGAAAAUUAGGAUCUGGCAAAAACCUUAAUUUUUAUCUACAGAUAUGAUGCAAAUUUAUAUAGGGUUAUGAAUAAAAUUAAAAGAAAAAUAUUGUAUGUAAGUAUUGAGAAUUUGUUUUUUAAAUGGAAUAAUUGUUUGCAUAUCAUUUCAGUUUUGCUUUUUAGAAACCAUUUUUAGUAUAUAGAUCUGAAGAAAAUUGUAUUUUAUAAAUUUUAAUAUGUAAUAUGCAGACACUAAAUAUGGAAGUUUGACACCCAAUGAAAACAUUUAUUACAUUUGGGCUAUUAUAUAAUUAUUUUGGACUUGCAGAUAAACCAUAAUGUUUUAAAGCAAACAUUCUCCAUCGUAAAUUAAUUUUAAACAUAGACACAUCCUUAAAGGCUGACAAAAAUUUGAAUACAAUUUGAGAUUCUGAUAUCAAUUUAUGCUUUGAGACCAAAAUAAGUUUUUAUAAGUAAAGGCUGUAGUCAGUUGUGUAUAUUUUGAAACCGUCAUGCUAUUGUUAUGUGUUGAAAGAUAAUUUGUAAAUAUUUUUAAUACAUCCUUAUGGUGCUAGUUAAACAUUCUAGCACUGUAUUGUAUUCAAGUAUCUAUAAUUUUUAUUAUAUACAUUUUGUACAUGCAUUGAAGUCUUGAGUUACUGUUACCCACCUUUUAGCUAAACAUGUGUAAUGUCAUUCAUCCAGACAUUUUCACCCAAUGUAUACAUUGAAAAGCCUAAUUAAUGUGUUACAAUAUUGAUGUAUCUCCUUAGUGGUACACAAACAGUACAUCAAGUGAUCCAUUUAUUCCAUUUUAUUUCCUUAUUCUAAGUCUACUGUUACAUCAUAUUCUACGUUUUUUCAUCUGCUACAAUUUACACAAGUAUCGUUAAUCUGCUUUUGUCUAUUUUGUGAUAUUGGUCAUCAUUAAUUUCCCAGGUAUUAACAUUCCGGCUGUAUUUCAGGAUAUGGUUUACAAAUUUUAAUGAUAUUUAAUGUACAUUAACAUCAGGUCACCACAAAAACAUUUCAGGAAACUGUAUACAUGAGUGGCCAUUAGAUUCCAUUUAUCUUACAAGUUGUUUUUUCUCUAAUAAAUUUUAAAAACAUUUAUUAGAAUUAGUGUAGGGUUAGGGAUAGUGAUAUACAAUACCUUUUAAAACAUUUUGUUCUAUAAAACCAACAUAAUAUAUAAUAAUUAAUAUUUCGUAAUCCAAUUACGCUACAUUUUGCCUUUGAAUUAGUAGACAUUUUGAAUAUUCUGUUUAAGAUUUCCUCCACAAGAGUGCUUUUGGAGGAAAUGUAGCACAGAAGACAGAAUGUGGCAUUAUGGGACUAAAGGUUCAUUUUAUUCUGUAUAUGUUUGGUUAAUUCCAUCGAAAUAAAGCCUAUGAGAUUUAUAAGUAUUACAUAUUAAAUACUAAAUACUAAAAUUACAUAUUAAAUACAUUUUUUAAUUUAGAAUACAGAUUAUAUAGUGUGUAUUUUUAAUGUGCUUCUGGCCAUUCUAAUGUUUGCAGUAGCCUAAACUGGAUUUUCCCAUCCAUUAAGUUCUUAUGUACAAUUUGUUUUAUUUUUUAUAUAAUACCCAGUUAUAAAAAUAUAAAAUUGAAGAAACAAAAGUUAUUAUAAACAUUAGGAUGAUCAAAUUAUUUAGAAUAUACAGACACUGAUAUCCCAAACAUGAAAAUGUAUAUAUUGUUUAGUGGUUAAAAGGGCUGUUAGUUUAAAACAUCUUACAAUGGCAGAAAACUAAAAUACUACAGCUUGUCUAUCUAAAGCCCAUCUUUCACUAAGCCUGCAUGAACAUAAGCAUGUUUGAUACUUGAAUGAAACUGAUUAUUUCGUAGAAUCAUGUGAUAUAUGAGUGUGAUCAUGGUAUUGGUAUUCGUCUUUGGAUUAAUCUAGUAACUGCUCUUUAAUUUUAUGUUGUUGUUUUUGUGCAUUUUAACAUAUAAUUUGUAAAUAAUCUUGAAGAAAGAUUAUGCUAGUAGAUGUAUAGUUAAUCAUGUUUUCACCUUGGUUUAUUCUCUGUAUUUUUAAUGUUUGCUAAUUCUGAUUCACAAACCAUUGCUUGUAUUCUGUGGUAAGCAUUGAGUAUCUAUUUAAAUUAUUAGCACAUGUAAUUUCAUAGUAAUUUUGUACCUUGGCUAGUAAGCAAGGGUGCAACCGAACAUGAAAUAACAGUUUGUACAGAAAGAAUUUGGAUAUUGUUAAUUAAACAACAUUUUGUA